UGUACUGUCAUACAUCUGCGAACACUUCCAUUCGCCUUAGGAUGAGAAGGUAUUGCACACUUACUUAGCCUUCCACCUUGCCUAUUCCCUCUAGUUUCUCCAUCAAAUCAACCGCUGAAAUAUGAAAGUCGAUCUAGCGGUCAUAUGACGACUUGAAGAUCUAUCCCCAAUCAGAAGUCGCACUCUCAAGCCUUCCCCCGCAUCUCCAGAUCUCCUCAACCUCUCGACUUGGGUUACCACUUUCCAACCUACCUUACUGCACGGAGUACAUCCGCUGGUCCUAAAUAAAGUGGGUGUCACACAAAGGACACACCUACGACAGACUGCUCGACGGUCACACCUGUCCUACCUACACACCUUAUCUUUCAGACAACAUCAACUUCUCGCUUCCCUUCCCGACUUUUCAUAUUUUACUUCAAUCGUCAAACAAAAUGGCCACGGCUGCAACGCAGAGCAUGCCCUCCGAGGCUACACCUUCGUACCAGCGCGUCGAGCCAGGUUCUGUGAACCUACCUAUCGCAGACCUGUCUCAGAUCAAGGCAGUCAAGCCAGAAGACGUUGAUCAAGGUACUGAGCUCUGGAUCUCAUCUUUCAACAAAGCUAUCCAGAGUCCUGAUCUCGCUGGCUUGACCGAUCUAUUCUUACCAGAGGCACAUUGGCGCGAUCACCUCUGCUUAUCAUGGGAUGCACACACUCUCAAGGUUCCAGAGUUCAACAAGUUCUUGAAGCAAGGGUGCAGACUGAAGAGCGUCGGCGUUGACAGGAGCAGCGAGUUCAGAUCUCCAACUGUCACCGUCUGCGAUGGUCAAGGAAAGAUUCCAGGAAUUCAGACGUUCUUGACGGUUCAGACUGAUAUCGGGUCUGGACUUGGCAUUGUUCGCUUGGUGCAACAAGGCAAAGGAUUGAAAUGCUUUUCGUUGUUCACUAGCCUGAGGGAACUAAAGGGCCAAGAAGAAAACAUCUUCGGAAGACGGCCUGGAGGAGUCGCUCAUGGGGGUCAGCCAGGACGGAAGAAUUGGUUAGAGAGACGCGCAGCUGAAGAGAAUUGCGAGGACGUUGAACCGACUGUUUUGAUUUUGGGAGCUGGACAGGGGGGCCUUACACCUGCUGCCCGGCUGAAGGUACUUGGCAUUCCGACUCUUAUCAUCGAUCGUAAUCCACGUAUUGGAGACAACUGGAGAAAUCGCUAUCAUCAGCUUGUUCUACAUGAUCCUGUUUGGUAUGACCACAUGCCGUACAUUAACUUCCCACCACAUUGGCCAAUCUUCACACCCAAGGACAAGCUCGCCAAUUUCUUUGAAAGCUACGCAAGCCUGCUCGAGCUGAACGUUUGGACGUCAACAACAAUCAAAGAAUCAAAGUGGGAUCCUGCGAAGAAAUCAUGGACUGUAAUCGUUGAGCGUACAAGGGAACCUGGAGUCUCAGAUGUUCGGAUCCUCCAUCCCAAGCACAUUAUUCAAGCAACAGGCCAUUCUGGAGAGAUGAGUUUCCCUUCUCAUAUCCCAGGCAUCAAGGAUUUCAAGGGCGACCGGUUAUGCCACUCAAGCCAAUUCUCUGGAGCCAAGCUGAAUGGCAAUGGCAAAAAAGCUAUCGUCGUUGGCAGCUGCAAUUCUGGACACGACAUUGCGCAAGAUUAUUAUGAAAAAGGGUACGAUGUAACUAUGAUCCAGCGCUCCUCAACUUGCGUCAUUUCCUCGGAUUCGAUAUUGAAAAUUGGGCUUGCUGGACUUUACGAUGAAGCAGGACCACCAGUCGAAGACGCUGACCUCGUCUUCUGGAGUAUCCCAUCGGCAGUCCUCAAAGCAAUCCACAUCGAUGUCACAAAACUGCAAAACGACAAUGACUCCAGGAUACUUGAAGGCCUUGAAAAGGCGGGCUUCAAGCUUGACCAAGGUCCAGAUAGCGCCGGUCUUUUUAUGAAAUAUUUCCAGCGCGGUGGUGGAUAUUACAUAGACGUCGGCGCUUCUCAGCUCAUUAUCGAUGGAAAGAUCAAGAUCAAGCAAGGUCAAGAAAUCACUGGGGUGCUCGCCCAUGGUCUCAAAUUUGCGGAUGGAACAGAACUUCCUGCUGACGAAAUCGUCUUCGCCACUGGUUAUAAGAACAUGCGAACACAAGCCCGUAACAUCUUCGGCGACGAGUUGGCUGAUCAAGUCCAGGAUGUUUGGGGGUUCAACGAGGAGGGUGAGGUCCGUACUAUCUGGCGCAAGACUGGACACCCUGGAUUCUGGUUUUUUGGUGGGAAUCUGGCUCUGUGCAGAUAUUGGUCUCGGAUGAUUGCUUUGCAGAUAAAGGCUCUUGAAGAGGGUAUCUGUGAGUACAGCGAUCGUUGAUUGAUAGUUGGGUUGGGAUUGACUGGGAAGACAUGAUUAUUGCUCGACAUUUACGCUUUGGAGUUGCUUUAGCUUGGGUCGCUUUACGACCUUAUAAUUGACCUUCCAAAAGCUAUACGGUUCAUCAAAUGAAACACUUAUGCAGGAUGUCUGACUGUGGUGCUCAUUACAUAAUAAAGUCGGGUUUGUGAGCGCCGGACCCUGAUGGUAGAGGAGCCGUGGUGGACAAUGUCGCAUCUCACUUGAGAGACAACAGUGACUCUCUAAAACCAACCCACAAAGAGGUAAAGUAAAGAUGGAAAUUAUGCCAGUGGAUAAUUUCAAAUGUCCGUCCACUAGGACAACAUGCCUUCUCGUCCGUUUCCAAUCAUGAGACCACCUCCGCAUCCAACCACUCCCACAAAUCAUACUCCCGUCCCUCUCCAUCAUAUUUCUCCAAUCCACUAUACUGUGCCUCCCUCCAAACACGCAUCACAGCCUUGCCAUGCCUAUUGACCGCUGCUCUAAACAUGCCUCCACAGUUGAAGUCAUCGAGACAGUCCGAUAUCGCGGACUUUAUCUCGCCAUCUGCAGUCCUUACAAGCUUGAGCUCGAUACCGAUGACGCCGCCUUCGCCUUCUCCAGUUUGCUGCCAGCGGUCGCCUGCGCUUUGUUGGAGCUCACCAUCGCGGCCGGUUAUCUGAGCGAGGGCACACUGAAGGGAGGAUGAGGGAGAUCCAUAACGUGCUAUGGCGGAGAUCGUACGGACGGCGUUGGUCCGUAGGAACGAAUCCCCGUUGCCUGUCCCUGACAUGGCUGUUGCGCGAAAUACUUCGUCUUCUAUUCUUCUCGAUACAACAUCGCCCUCGUCUCUGGGUAUGGGAGAGUAUGUUGUUAAGCUCGGGAAACAAUCAGCCAUCAACCCUUUGAGUGUUUCGCUCAGCACAAGUGCCGGCCCAGGUCUUGACAGAAAUGUCUCUAUCCUGGAGAUAUUGGAUACAUCCUCCUCCCACUCCUCCGCCCAAAAGCCCGCCCCAAGAGUUGGCGUAUCCCCAAUUCUCCCCGUUAACUUAUUCGUCAUUCCGCCGGUACUCGUAGCGGCACAAAUUACACCCUCCGCAUCCAGCGCAACAGCACCACACGUCCCCUGUGGAAAGAAAUCCUUCUCAUCCCACGUCGCGACACCACCUUCCUCCUCCACUUCCUUCUUCAGCCCCUUCAAAUGCUGCUCCCACCUUGUUUUUGUAUAGAAGUAACUCGGGUCCACCAUCUCCAGUCCCCAAUCCUCCGCCAACUUCUCCGCACUAAACUUAUGCAACUGGCAGUGUCCCUGCGCGCCAGUACUUCUCCGCUCAGGGUCCUCACCAUACAAAUCCUCCUCCCCCCGUAACAACAUCUCCCUCGCAAGCUUAAUUGGGUUCUUAAUCCGCGUAAGACCCAUUACGCCCGUGCCUCUCUUCUUCUUCCCUUUUGAUACCAUAAUCGAAGCUUCGAGUUCAUUGAUUCCUUCGCGUGUGAAGACAGCGCCGUGGCCGGAGUUGAAGAGUGGGUUGUUUUCGAGCAGGGUGACGGCGAAGGUGGCGGCGUCGAGGGCGGAUGUUGAGGAUCGAUUGGUAGAGAGGGGAAAGGAUGAGGGAGAGAGGAGGAAAUGGUACGUCUGAGAGAGGAUGGUGAGGAGGGAGUGGUGAAAUUCGCGGUACUGGGAGGGCGGGAGGUUGGAUGGUGUUAUGUUGCCUGCGCCGCCGUGGAUUAUGAUCCGUGGCGUUAUGCCUUUGGAGGGUUUGCUGUAUUCCAUCGCGGAAAUCAGUUUAAGGGUAUCGUGCAGGUGAUUGGGGAGGAUAUGACGGUUUCGAGUGUGAGGCAGGUUGGUUGAUGAUGUCGUCGAAGUGGGAGGUAGGAUGGAUAAAUAUGUCUCUUAUCGGGAAAGCUUAUCAGAUGAUGAUAGGAAAAGCGGGGCAAGCACUUUUGUCCUUGGCUUGGUAGUUAUUUUCUAUGUUCAAUUCAGUUUUGUGAGAAGGGCAUGAUCUGAGUAUGAGAC